AUGUUGAGGUGGAAAGUAAAUGUUGUAAAGAAAUCUCAAGAUCGUGUGACAGCUGAUUUCACAUGGAGUACCCAGUCUUUUACUUUACAGGGUAUCAAGGAAAGAUUCAAAUUGCCUUGUGUGGUAAGGUGUUGCUACGAAUCCUGUCCUGUAGAUUGGGAAGAUUUCCACUUUGAUCUCUCUCAACCAUUGUUGCUCCACAGUUUCCGAAGAGUCCAGAAACUGCGAGUCAGAUGUGUCCACAAAAACGCCAGUGGUCAGUCUCAAGAGUUUGGUCCAGUUCUUGUUAUUCCGGAAGACUACGAUGGUUGGUUUUACAUCAUGAAAUCUGAUGAAGCACAGCCAAAAGUGCACAAGACGGUGGCAUCCCUGGCAGGAGGACCAGUUAAAUUCUAUGUGGCCUCCAGCCUCAGCUAUCUGGCUCUCAAUGAAGAACCAGGGAAAAAGAAACCACACACGAUUGACAGUCGACACAUGGAGGCAGGUGAAAUUCUGGAAGGAUCACAAACAGCUGGAACGGCCACUAUCAGAAAGAUGUUGAAAGUAGAUACGGAGAAAAUGCUGAGGGAGAAAUUUCUUAUUUGUAAUGACGAAAAAGAUGAUAAAAUGAUAUUGCCGUUGUCAAAGAAUGGAAAAUUCUAUGAAAUAGCCUGUGAAUCCGAGGGAUUCAUGGAUUCGGAUGGUCUAAGGAGGAUUUCCUAUAUCAUAUCGAAGAAAGACAACUUUCCGUUCAAAAUUCGGCACAUCAUUGGCGAACUUCCAUCGCUGUCUUCUUGUUAUAGGAAUGUGUUACAGUGCCUGGAUGUGAUUGAGGAGGAAACAGUUCUAGCGUCGACGUUAGAUAAAAUGACUAUGAUACCGCUAGAGUUGCAACUUGACUCACCAUUUAAAUUCAAGAUGGGAUUGAAUGAAAGUCAGUUGAGGAAAUCUGACAAUUAUCUCGAGGCUCUUCAUAUGUGUGAAACGGACGGAGAGGCUUACGUUAGAGGUAUUAAAUUGACCUUCACAAUUUCUCCCGCAAGCUCUCUCAUAAGUUCAACUACUUCGAUUGAAAGUGACGGAAGUUUGAUGUCACAGUCCAAGCUCCCAGGGACGCUGGAGAAGGACAGUAUGGAUGUAUCUCUGCGUAAGCAUCGUGCUUUACCCAUGGAAACUUUCGAAGGUUCCGACCCCUCACAGCAAGAACGAGCGUCAUAUGCGGAAACUGCGACGUCCCUAGAUGAUGUUCCAUCAUGUUACGACACCGGAAGUGAAAUCGAAGAGGAAGAUGCUCAGUCAGAAUUCAUGUUCAAAUGGGCGCCACCGGAAAAUGUAAAGCGUUUGUCAUCCAAGAAAAAGACGCUUGAAAAAAUACCCGUACCACCGAAAGUGUUCAACAGUUCUAUCAACAAAAUUAACAGUCCCAAAUCGUCUGUGGAAGAAAACAUACAUGUAGUUUGGAAUGAACAGCCGGAUGUAGUUUGA